GCGGAGGCGAGCGGGGAAACGAAAGCGGCGGGGCCGGGAGCGGGCAGGGGCCGGGGGCAGGCGGACGGGGACGGGGGGCAGCGGCCGGAGCCCCCCCCCCCCCGGCUGCAGGGAGGAGGAGCCGAGGCUUCGCGGCCCGCUGUCCCGCCGGGGCUGGGUGCGCGCCCGUUCGGGUUUGGUGGUGAGAGGCUGCACGAUGAAGAGGAGGAGCGAGCCUGACUUCGACAGCCCCCAGAAAAAGCAGAAGAAGAAGAUAGAAGACCUGGGUCUGACCCUCAGCUCCACCUCAGACGACGAGGCGCAGUUCAGCAAUCAUACCACGCAAGAGUCUUCCAGUAGCAGCAGUGGGUCUGAGAGUGAGAGCGAUGAAAAAAGACCAGUCUUCAGCAAUGAGUUCAAACAAGACUCUCUUGUGGAGGGUACUUCGUCCCGCUACUCGAUGUACAACAGUGUCUCCCAAAAACUCAUGGCCAAGAUGGGCUUUCGGGAAGGAGAAGGUCUGGGAAAAUACGGCCAAGGCAGGAAGGAUAUUGUUGAGGCCUCCAAUCAGAAGGGAAGGAGAGGCUUUGGGCUGACCCUCAAAGGAUUUGAUGGGGAGCUGAAUAUUGAUUGGCAGGAUGAGCCAGAGCCUAGUGCCUACGAGGAGGUGGACUGGUGCCUUGAGUGUACCACGGAAAUCCCUGAUGCCCAGGAGCUGAAGGAGUGGAUGACUGUGGGGAAGAGGAAGAUGGUGAUUGAAGAUGAAACAGAAUUCUGUAGCGAAGAGCUGCUACGUAAUGUCCUGCGGUGCAAGAGUGUGUUUGAUGAGCUGGAUGGAGAAGAAAUGCGUAGAGCCCGAACAAGAUCCAACCCCUAUGAGAUGAUCCGUGGAGUCUUCUUUCUGAACAGAGCUGCAAUGAAGAUGGCAAACAUGGACCAUGUCUUUGACUACAUGUUUACAAACCCGAAGGACUUCCAUGGGAGGCCCUUGAUAAAGGAGCGAGAUGCAGAGCUGCUCUACUUUGCUGAUGUGUGUGCUGGUCCUGGGGGCUUCUCCGAGUACGUCUUGUGGAGGCGGAAGUGGCACGCGAAAGGAUUUGGCAUGACCUUGAAAGGACCAAAUGAUUUUAAACUAGAGGACUUCUAUUCUGCUUCCAGUGAGCUCUUUGAACCUUACUAUGGAGAAGGAGGGAUUGAUGGAGAUGGAGACAUUACUCGCCCAGAGAACAUUACUGCUUUUCGGAAUUUUGUUUUGGACAAUACCGAUCACAAGGGAGUGCAUUUCUUAAUGGCUGAUGGGGGCUUCUCUGUGGAGGGUCAGGAGAAUCUGCAGGAAAUCCUAAGCAAACAGCUGAUGCUUUGUCAGUUUCUUACAGCACUGUCCAUCGUCCGGACAGGAGGACAUUUUGUCUGCAAAACCUUUGACCUGUUUACUCCAUUCAGUGUGGGGCUUGUUUAUCUGCUGUAUUGCUGCUUUGAGCGAGUGUGCAUCUUUAAACCUGUGACAAGCCGUCCUGCUAACUCGGAGAGGUACGUGAUAUGCAAAGGGUUAAAGCUAGGGACUGAGGACGUGCGGGACUACCUCUUCAUGGUGAACAUCAGACUCAACCAGCUGCGCAACUCCGAUGUGGAUGUGAAUCUAGUUGUCCCACUGAACGUGAUCAAAGGGGACCAGGAUUUCUAUGAUUACAUCGUCCAGUCCAAUGAAAACCACUGCAAAGUUCAGAUAAAGGCGCUAGCUAAAAUUCGUGCCUUUGUUCAAGACACGACACUGAUCGAGCCACGGCAGGCUGAAAUCCGAAAGGAGUGUCUCCAGCUAUGGGGGAUUCCUGAUCAGGCCCGUGUUGCUCCCUCAUCUUCUGAUCCCAAGUCCAAGUUCUUUGAGCUGAUCCAGGGCACAGAUAUCGAUACCUUCAGUUACAAACCCACUCCUCUGAACUCCAGUACACUGGAAAAAAUCCGCCAAGUGUUAGAUUACCGGUGUAUGGUGGCUGGAAGUGAGCAGAAGUUCCUCUUGGGGCUAGGGAAAUCACAGAUCUACACAUGGGAUGGUCGCCAGUCAGACCGCUGGACAAAACUGGAUUUGAAAACUGAGCUGCCACGAGAUACCCUUCUCUCUGUGGAGAUUGUUCAUGAGCUGAAAGGAGAGGGGAAAGCGCAGCGAAAAAUUAGCGCUAUCCACAUCCUUGAUGUCUUGGUGCUGAAUGGCAAUGAUGUCCGAAACCAGCAUUUCAACCAGAGGAUUCAACUGGCGGAGAAGUUUGUCAAAGCUGUUUCCAAACCUAGCCGGCCAGAUAUGAACCCGAUCCGAGUGAAAGAAGUGUACAGAUUGGAGGAGAUGGAGAAGAUUUUUGUGAGGUUAGAGAUGAAAGUCAUCAAGAGCUCAGGGGGAGUACCCCGGCUAUCCUACACAGGCAGGGAUGACCGGCACUUUGUACCCACAGGACUCUACAUCGUACGGACUGUGAAUGAUCCCUGGACAAUGGCGUACAGCAAAAACUCUAAGAGGAAAUUCUUCUUCAACAAGAUGACCAAGCAAGCAACAUACGACCUCCCUUCUGAAUCCAUCGCACCCUUUCAUGUCUGCCAUUACAGCCGCCUCUUCUGGGAGUGGGGGGAAGGUGUCAAAGUGCACGACUCUCAGAAAAGGCAAGAUCCAGAGAAGCUAUCGAAGGAGGAUGUCCUGUCUUUCAUCCAAGCACACUACCCCUAACCCCCUGCCCUCUUGAGGGGCACCGGGUGGGGCUGAGCCCAGCUUGGAUUCUUCAGGGACUGACAAGACUGGGGAGACUCCACAGCUAUCCUGGUCUUCUCCAGAGCUGAUUCCCUGGAGGUGAUGUAACCAGGAGGCGAUGCGCAGAAGGCUCGGGACAAGGCUCUCCCUUGGCAGUGUAUAUAAGAGUAUGACCCAGGUAGUGCGCCUGCUGCUGGAGCACCUAUGGUGACUCCUGGAGUCGAGGCCUAAUGCCCUUUUGUCCUGACCUACUGCGUGCGUGAGGCCAAGGGGCUGGCAGCUUUCUUUGCUCCUGUGCAAAUAUUCAGCAAGGUUUGUGGAGCUCUGUGCGCGUGUCAGGGCUCUCCAGGCUUGUGCUUCCCUGGCAGUGGGAAGGAGCAGAGGAAGGUGGCAGGGCUGGGCAACAGCGCGCUGAAGCAGUCCUGCCUUGUUCCUGGCAGCUGUCCAUCUCCUUGGCCUUGUGAAGGGCCUUUGCUACCCCGUGGAGGGUAGUAGUUCAUUGGGGAAUGCUAGCUUUGGGGCGCAAGUAUGUAUUCUUGUUGGUAUCUCCGACGUUUCUGCUAUCGAGGCACUUGGCUGGCCAUCGGCAAUUCCGAUGUGGUGGUGUCCCACUGGACAAGAGCCAACAUAGGUGAUGACUGGACUUCCUGGCACCGACUUGAUGUUCCGGUGCCACGGGUUUCUCAGACCUCUACAAGCUGCUGUGAUAAGGAUUUCCCCCUUCCUAGGUCAGUGACUGAUCCCGAGGCAGCAGCCUGGGGUUAACUUGUGAGUGUCUGCCUCACGGUACUUCUGAGACCAAGGUGCUUUGGUUCUUGGUACUCAACAAUAUUACCCAAAUCUUCAGGAAGGAAAGCGGACGUGGGAGGGAAGACAAAGGAAGUUUGCAGCGCUGGGGGUCUUUAGAGGAAAUGAUGGGAACAUAGGACUUUGUUAGACUUUGUUAGAAGACCCAGGGCUUCAGCAAAGAGAGAUCUUGACUUUGACCAUGUUGGUUAAUAGGAAGAAAUCCUGUCCCCUGACUGUUCCCCUGGAAAGGAUAUCAGAAUUCCGUUUCUAAACGUCAGAGUGGGCUUUGACACCCUCCAAGUCUCAUCUGGCCCUGGUGCUACACCUGGGGUGAAGGCACAGAGCUGUGACACUCUCAGCAUGAAAUUUGUGUCAGCAGACUUCUCAACGCGUUUUUAUGCUGGGCUCAAAGUUGUCUUCUGUUGCAUGAUUUACCUUCAGUUCUGGCUUCCGUCAGGCUUUUGCCAGGUCUUCCACUUAAAUCAGAAGGUAACUCGCAGUUGACUGCUUUUAGCUAAGCAGUUACCCCCUUUUUUGUUUGCUUUUAAACACAGAUUGGCAGUAGGGAGGAAACUGAUUUAUGGGUUGUCUGAACUGUGCCUUAAAGAAAGCUGUAGUUCUUGGGACUAUAGCAGUUGCUUAGAUUCUUAUUUUUCCCCCCAAAGUUGUAUGUAGGAUUUGAAAAAGCUUUAUGUAGUAAGACAUGGAAGUUCUCACUUGCAGGUUUAUAGGUGCAUGGGUGCCCUGCACCCCUCCCGAAGAGGCCGUAACAAGGGUGGCAUGUUGUGGAAGUCUCACUUUCAUCCACCCUAUAAGGUCCAGCGUCAUGUAUAGGUUUUGUCCUCCUUCUCAGCACGCAGUGAAUGUCACCCUACAAGUAGGCCAUGCUCUCUGAGCUUGGAGCACUUCCGUGUCUUCACAAGCACAUAAUUCCCAUACGCCCAUGUUUUAUUUCUCUGCAGUUUGGUAUGAAUGAACGUAACAGCUCCAUCUCCUUGCACCAGACAAAUGUAGGUGCAGGCUUGGUCACUGGAGAACCACACCCCUCGGCUAGGGGAGCAGCACAGGAGCUGGUCUGUUGCUCUGUGGAAACUGGAGGCAAAGCUAGGGCGUGGAUGGGUUAUGGAUAGGUGGCCCUGAAUGCUGUGCAGGAGAGCGAUUCCAUUUUUUGUCAAGCUCCAGCCUAAAGUGAUGAUGUGGGUAAAAGGUUCUUCCAUGUGGUUGGUCGAUAACCCUCAGACACGGGUCUACUGAAACAGCUGAGGGGCUGCACGUUGUCACGGGGUCCCGUGGACGACCUGUAGCUGCCCUCUAUUUUCAAGCAGAGGCAAAAUAUAAAUGAGAGAAAGGGUAGGCUUCCCCCCGUGAAGAACAAGAGCUCUGUCACCGGCAGUUUGCUCUGGCAAAGGCACUUCCAUGAGGGAUGAGGAACCUUCCCUGGGGGCCAAAAAAAAAAAAAACAAACAAAAAAGCACCUCCAACUGUGUGGUUUCCAGACCUGUGUGCAGUUGGCUUUUUAAAUCGGUAAUUUGAGGUCUGGUGUUUCUGCAGACAGCCUUGAGGCUGUUCUAAUGCCGGCAAAGCGUGCUGCUCCCUCUGCCAGGCUCCUGUGCUAAGUGUUACGUACUCCACUCAGGGCUCUGGUCUCCCCUGGGGGCUGGCAGGCAGAAGGGUGACGAGGAAGUAUGCUGCGGAUCUUGCAGGCCUUUGAGGGUGCAAAGGAAAUCUCAAUAGCUGCAGGCUAGCUUUUAUGAACAGAUAUUUCCUCUUUGCCCUGUUGCCUCCGGUUCCUCCCAGUUUUAAUUUGCUUUUAUUUUUAUUUUUGAUGCACUGAACCAUGCUUCUGAAUCCCCCUUCAAGAAGGCAGGCAUGAGGCACCGUGCUGCUUGCUUCCUUGAUGCAGGGUGAAUUUGGAGGGAUUACGUUGGGAAGGGGAGGUGAGGAAGGUCUUGCUGAAGGGAAUGUUUAUGUACAUUAAUUGCACAAUGUAUUGUUAUUAGGCUGUGUAUCAUUUUGUGUUGACUUCUCUGCUUUCAUUGUCUCUGUUACCAAUACAGCCCCUUUAGUUCACAA